CACUGAUGGGCAUUGACAGGCAUCACUGAUGGGCACUGAAAGGCAGCACUGAUACAUGGCACUGAUAGGCGGCACUGACAGGUGGCACUGACUGGCACUGAUCAGUGACACUGAAAGGCAGCUCAGAUAGGCACUGAUAUGUGGCAUUGAUGUGCACUGGUAGGCACUGAUAUGUGGCAUUGAUGUGGCACUGGCAUAAGGCACUGAUGGACACUGACAGGUGGCACUUCUGGGGCUACACUGAUCAUCAGGGCACACUGAUCAUCAGUGAGAGAAAUGCCGAUAACCGACAUUUCCCUGUUUACAUGUCAUCAGCUGUG